AUGACUGUGACUGUCAUUCCGACGUCGGUGGAAGUGGAAGCGGAAGCGCAGACUCGCUGGCAGAAAAUCCAGCAAGUGGUGUGGGAUGGCCCGCGCAGCCAGGAGGAGAGGAAGCUGGUGCAGAGACUGGACCUCCAUGUCAUGAGCUGGGCCACGUUCGGCUACUUUAUCCGCCUCCUCGACUCGGGCAACGUGACCAACGCGUACGUGUCCGGGAUGAAGGAAGACCUGGGCUUCCACGGCGACCAGUACAACCUGCUGGCGACCUUCUUCACCUGCGGCUAUCUCGUCGGCCAGAUCCCGUCGCAGCUGCUGCUGACCCGGCUGCGGCCGUCGUGGUACCUCCCGACCGCGGAGCUGCUGUGGACGGUGGUCACCUUCUGCUUUGCCGCGGUGCAAAAGGUCGAGCACGUCUUCGCCCUCCGCUUCCUCGUCGGCAUGUUCGAGGCCCCCUUCGCCGUCGGCGUCCUGACCGUCAUGGGCAGCUGGUACACGCCGCGCGAGCUGGCCAAGCGCAUCGCCAUCUUCUACUCGGCCAGCUACGCCGCCAGCAUGUUCAGUGGCUACCUGCAGGCCGCCAUCUACAAGAACAUGCACGGCCACUUGGGCCUCGAGGGCUGGCGAUGGCUCUACAUCUUCUGUGGCAUCAUCUCGCUGCCCGGCGCCUUCUGGGGCCUCUAUGCCAUCCCGGACAACCCCUACACCACCAACGCCCGCUGGCUCAAACCGCACCAUCGAGCAGCCUUCCGCGCCCGCGCCGAAGCCAUCGAUCGUCGGAAACCCGUCAGGCUUUCCUGGGCUAAGAUCAAGAAGAUCCUCACCAACUGGCCCAUCUAUAUCUUGACCUUGGCUUUGAUCUUCCAUUGCAUAGUCACCCAGCCGCUGAACUAUUUUUCCGUCUGGCUGAAGUCUCUCGAUCGCUUUUCCGUCUAUCAGGUCAACCUCUUCCCCACCGCCGCACAGGCGCUCGGCCUCGUCACCACCUUGGCCUACAGCUGGAUCUCGGAUAGCUUGGGAGGCAAACGUUGGCAGCUUCUGAUCCCGCCAGCGAUAUGCAACUUCGUCGGCAUGGUGAUUGUUGCUUCCUAUCCCAACUAUGGCGCCACAUUCUUCGGCUACAUGAUCAACGCGGCUUCAUGGGGGUAUUGGCCCGUUCUGUACGCCUGGGCCAACGAGUUCUGCCACAAGGAUGCCGAAGAACGUGCCAUUGUCAUUGGUGUUGCGCAAACCUUCGGCCAGGCUUUUAUCGCCUGGGUUCCUAUUCUCAUCCUCAACGUGGGCAAAUAUGCUCCGCGAUUCCACCUCGGAUUCUGCGUCAUGAGUGGCCUUAGCGUCAUGGAAUUCGCCAUGAUCUUUGUCCUCCGGUAUUUUGUCCAACGGGAACGGAAACUGGAACUGGAACUGGAGCGGGAGCUCGCAGCUUCACCCGAGAAGCAGCGACAAGACACGGACGAAGCUAACUUGGAUGUUCACGGUCCGGUACUGGUCGAGGAGCCGCUCAAUCUGAAAUCGGGCGACGGCGUCCUUGCCGGCGAUCGUGUCGCAACCCUGCUUACCAGAGAGAAGGGGCUUUGA